UGUUAUAUGGUCCUGGUACUUACGCAUGGUACUCGUAUCUCGACAGAUGUAUGCCCAAGCAAAUAGUGGAGAAUAUAUUGAUGAAGGUUGUAUUAAACCAAAUUGUACUAGGUCCUGCUGUAAUAGCUGUUAUCUUUGCAUGGAAUAAUUUAUGGCUGGGGAAACUUUCAGAUCUUCCGAACAAGUAUCAGAAAGAUGCCCUUCCAACUCUGCUUUUUGGAUUUAGGUUCUGGAUCCCUGUCAGUGUAUUGAACUUUUGGGUGAUUCCUCUUCAAGCUCGUGUUGCUUUCAUGUCGAUGGCUUCUAUAUUCUGGAAUUUUUGGUUGUCAGCAACUAUGAGCAAGUAACUGUCAUCGAAGUGAUUGACAGGGGAAAGCAGGAUGCGCAAUUGAUAUAACAGUCUUGUCUGUCAAGACAAAAAUGGUGUCCGGAGGCACUAGUUGAAACCUUUCUGAUUUUCCAAAGGUGAUUUGCACUAGCAUUCCACAGUGGCUCAGCUGGCACCUCGUUACACAUGAAAUGUUAGAGAAUUUGUUUCGCCAUUGCUAUAAGUUCUCCAGGAGUGGAGCUUUCUUCGGUUUAUGACUCCAGUACUAUCAUGGAAGGCAUUUGAUUGGCUAUUUUGACCAAAUUAUUUCAUUAAUUUUCUUUCUUUCUUUGGUUCUUGGCCUUCUUUUCCCCGUUAGGUGUUGGCUCGAGCCAGAUGACAUACAUGCAAAAGGAAGUUUUUGUAGUAUGCAAUUUGAAAGCAAGUGCUGCUGCACUUCCAUAUAGGAAGUCAUCAUGUCAAAUUUCUCUAUGAUGGACAGCUUGAGGAUUGAGGAACUCCCUUUUAGAAUGCCAACUAUCUUAAGUGGAAAGUGUUAAUAAACUUCGCUUUCUGAAAUGUGCAAUGUUACAACAACAACAACCCAGUAUAAUCCCACAAGUGAGGUCUGGGGAGGAUAACGUGUAUGCAGAUUUUUACCCUGUGGGGUAGAGAGGCUGUUUCCGAUAGAUACUCAGCACAAGAAAUGUGCAAUGUUGGUUGAGGAUUAUAUAACAUGGAGUGUUCAACAUCUCUGCU